AUGGCGCUGAAGCAGGAUCCGAAGCCUAAAUUUCAGGAGGGUGAAAGAGUGCUGUGCUUUCAUGGACCUUUUCUUUAUGAAUCAAAGUGUGUGAAAGUUGCCAUAAAGGAUAAGCAAGUGAAAUAUUUUAUACAUUACAGUGGCUGGAAUAAAAAUUGGGAUGAAUGGGUUCCAGAGAGCAGAGUACUCAAAUACAUGGACUCCAAUCUGCAGAAACAGCGAGAACUUCAAAAAGCCAACCAGGAGCAGUAUGCAGAGGGCAAGAUGAGAGGGGCUGCACCAGGAAGGAAGACAUCUGGUCUGCAACAGAAAAAUAUUGAAGUGAAAACAAAAAAGAACAAACAGAAAAUACCUGGGUAUGGAGAUGCCGGCAGUACCAGUGAGACACUUCAGCCUCCUCGGAAGAAAAGGGCCCGGGAAGAUCCUACUGUUGAAAAUGAGGAAACAUUUAUGAACAGAGUUGAAGUUAAAGUAAAGAUUCCUGAAGAACUAAAACCAUGGCUUGUUGAUGACUGGGACUUAAUUAUCUGGCAAAAACAGCUCUUUCAUCUUCCUGCUAAGAAGAAUGUGGAUUCCAUUCUGGAGGAUUAUGCAAAUUAUAAGAAAUCUCGAGGAAACACCAAUAAUAAAGAGUAUGCUGUGAAUGAAGUUGUGGCAGGUAUAAAAGAAUACUUCAAAAUCAUGUUGGGCACUCAGCUGCUCUACAAGUUUGAGAGACCACAGUAUGCUGAGAUCCUUGCAGAUCACCCUGAUGCACCCAUGUCCCAAGUGUAUGGAGCACCUCAUCUACUGAGAUUAUUUGUAUGGAUUGGUGCGAUGUUGGCCUAUACACCUCUUGAUGAGAAGAGCCUUGCUUUAUUACUGAAUUAUCUUCAUGAUUUCCUAAAGAACCUGGCAAAGAAUUCUGCAACUUUGUUUAGUGCCAGCAAUUAUGAAGUGGCUCCCCCCGAGUACCAUUGGAAAGCUGUGUGA